AUUCAUAAACGUGAACGCGAAUCGUGGAAACAUGUCUGCCGUUUGUGUUUUUUGACAUAAAUACCAACAAAACAGAAAGUUUAGCCAUCAUUGUGUUUGCAAAUACUUAGUGAUUUUCGGUGCUACGUUGGUUUUAUAAUGUGUGUGAUUGUGUUGUGAUCUUGUUCAUAUGAGGCUACUAUAUAAAACUGGUCCGAUGGAGUCUCUCAGAAAAUGGUUCUACAAACCAAAGAGAGACGACCGAUCGCUACUAGCUCAGUUCUUCUUUGCGGAUGAUGCUCUCAACAUGGUCGCGGCCGAGUUGGACUCCUUCGAUGGCCGCAAAGAUCCUGAGAGGUGCUCGACGCUCGUCAACCAGCUAAGACAUGCACAGGAUCGAGUGCUGAACAUUACGAGUCAGAUAAUGGAUCAGGUGCUGGGCGACGAGAGGGUUGCGCGUGGUUUUCGGGUCAAGUUCCCCGAGGACGUGCUGCAGGACAAUCUGGCUGGUCAGCUGUGGUUUGGUGCUGAGGUAAAUAUAAUUUGAUUAAGGUGAUACGUGACUUUCGAAAUUCUUUCGAUUAUUACAGUGCCGACGAUUUUGAAAGUCGCUAUAGAUUUUUGAAUGUUAUAGUCAUGGACACGGUUAAAGAGUAUAUAAAUCAUUAUGCAUCAUCGAUCACUAAUAAAAAGCUAGAUACACAAUCCCAUGCAAAAGAUCUCUAAAACUGUCGCCAAUUGUUUUGACGUAAUCUAGUUGAAAUAAAAUACAUUAAUGUAAAUUCAACCUUAAAUGCAUCGCCUAAAGUUGUAUUCACAAAGCUACGUACAAAUUAAACGCGCACCCAAAUGUUCGAGUGGGCGCUCAUUCGGUAAGGACAUUUUUUGUCACUGAUUGUGUAUCUAGUUUUUUAUUAGUGAUCGAUGUUAUGCGUGGAUUAUUAUUAUAUCACUACGUUUAAACACGGGACUAUGCAGAGAGUAUUCCAUUACACAAUGACAACUUUGGUGUUGACCAUUUGAACAUUUGCGGCCUUUAUAAAACACGGACUAAAUAAUAAAUAUCGUACUAUGUAGUAGGUUUAAGUAGGUUUAAAGCAUGGAUUAAAUGAAAUGUUACAAAACCUUCAAAAGAGUUAUUGCCAAGGCAAAGUCAGAGCACAUAGGCAGAAUUGGCGAGAAACUAGUUCGCCUUCCUUCGGGAACCCGUGCAUUCUGGUCUCUCGCCAAGGCUGUCCAAGGGAAUUUCUGUAAGCCAUCAUUACCAUCUCUGCACAGGGAGGAUGACUCACUGGCCCAUGACGCAAAAGACAAAGCCGACCUUUUAGGCUCCCUUUUUGCGUCCAACUCGACUCUUGAUGACGGGGGGAAAACACCGCCGACCAUCCCGCGGUGUGAGUGCUCCAUGCCGGAUGUGCUGUUCUCACAGCGCUCUGUUCGCAAAGCACUCCUCUCCCUGGACAUCCAGAAGUCGAGUGGGCCUGACGGAUUCCCCUCAAUUGUGCUGAGGACGUGUGCUCCGGAGUUGGCACCGGUCCUAACGCGUCUUUUCCGGUACUCCUACUCCCAAGGCGUAGUCCCGAAUUCAUGGAAGACAGCUUUUGUCCACCCGAUCCCUAAAAAAGGCGACCGCUCAGACCCAUCCAACUAUAGGCCUAUCGCGAUCACCUCCUUGUUCUCCAAAAUAAUGGAAUCCAUUAUUAACUGCCAGCUCAUCCGGUACCUUGAGGAUCACCAGCUGAUUAGUGACCGCCAAUACGGUUUUCGUCGGGGUCGAUCAGCUGGUGAUCUUCUGGUCUACCUGACCCAUAGAUGGGCGGAGGCAGUAGAGUCCAAGGGGGAGGCGUUGGUCGUUAGUCUGGACAUUGCGAAGGCCUUCGAUCGGGCUUGGCACAAAGCGCUUCUUUCGAAGCUCCCUUCCUAUGGGCUUCCCGAGAAAUUGUGCAAUUGGAUCACCAGCUUCCUUGCAGAUCGGAGCAUCAAGGUCGUUGUAGACGGUGCAUGCUCUGACUUCAAGCCUAUUAACGCUGGUGUUCCACAAGGCUGUGUGCUAUCACCAACGCUGUUUCUUCUGCAUAUCAAUGAUAUGUUGCUAACUGGUAACAUUCAUUGCUAUGCGGAUGACAGCACUGGUGAUGCUCUAUACACCGGCCGUGCCAAUAUUUCUCGGGAAAACGUCGCUGAGUACCGGAACAAACUUGUGUCUGAAGUCGAGUCUUUGCUGAACAAAGUCUCGGAUUGGGGGCGACUAAAUCUAGUCCAAUUUAAUCCUCAGAAGACACAAGUUUGCGCGUUUACCGCUAAAAAGAACCCCUUUGUCGUAUCUCCUCAGUUUCAAGGCACUCCCCUUCUUGCCUCAGCCAGUAUCGGUAUCCUCGGAGUCGACAUAUCGAGUGACGUGCAGUUUCGUGGUCACUUGGAAGGGAAGGCCAAAUUGGCCUCUAAAAAGCUUGGCGUGCUCAGCAGAGCGGGACAGUAUUUCAUGCCGGCACACCGCCUGCUACUUUACAAGGCGCAAGUUCGGCCUCACAUGGAAUACUGUUCCCAUCUCUGGGCAGGGGCUCCCCAGUGCCAGCUCCUUCCACUUGACCGCAUCCAACGCAGAGCGGCUCGAAUUGUCGACGACCGAGCCCUUUCCGAUCGGCUCGAUUCAUUGGCACUGCGAAGAGAUGUUGCAUCCCUUUGCAUUUUCUUUCGCAUCUACCAUGGGGAGUGCUCUGAGGAAUUGUUCGGAUUAAUCCCAGCCGCCAAAUUUCACGAACGCACAUCGCGGCAGAACUGCCGAUACCAUCCACACCAUCUGGAUGAUUGGCGGUCCACCACUGUGCGAUUUAGAAGAUGUUUUCUUCCUCGCACGACCUCCUUGUGGAAUCGAUUACCAUCAGCGAUUUUUCCGGACCGAUACGACUUAGGGACCUUCAAGAAAAGAGCGUACUCCUUUUUAAAAGGCCGGCAACGCAUCUGCGAUUCCCCUGGUGUUGCAGUUGUUCAUGGGCGGCGGUAGUCACUUACCAUCAGGUGAGCCGCAUGCUCGUUUGCCCCCUCUCCU